UUGCACUGUCAUCGCGAAUAUUAAGUGCAUUUUUAGAUAAAACUGGGAGUCUUUUGUGAAAUUGCAAAGCGAACUGGGAGUCUUUUGUGAAAUUGUUUAGCGUUGAUUUUUCUAAAUAAAUAAUCAGUAGCAGACCUGAGGUAACUCAUUGUAGUUACUUACAAUUUUACUUUCUUUCUAUUUUAAAGAUCAUAUGAUCCAACAUGUGUGGUCGAACUUGUUUAACCCUUGGGCCGGACGAAAUUCAACGCUUUUGUAAAUAUCAGAACUCGAAUGAAAUCAAACCAAAAGUACCGGAAUACCGAAACGAAUUCAACUGCGGCAAAAAGUUUCAGCCUUCGUAUAACAUUGCGCCAACAGACAUUAGUCCUGUACUGAUCUCAGCUGCUCAUUUCGAUGAAAAGAAAGACAGUGCGAAACGAAUCAUAGUCCCGAUGAUGUGGAGCAUGGUUCCUAGAUGGCACAAAGGAGACUAUCGCAAACAUGGCCUCACUACGAAUAACUGCAGACUAGAGAGUCUCACAACGUCCAAACUUUAUGGUCCACCACUUGAAAUAGGGCAGCGAUGUGUAAUUCUCUGCGAGGGCUUCUACGAGUGGCAAACCACGGAACAUUUAAAGGCCUGCGAUAGGCCAGCAUUUUACGUACAUAUGCCCCAAACUGGAGGCGUGAAAAUGGAAGAUAAAUCAACUUGGAAUUGUGAAGAUGCUAGUCUUAAUCUUCUAAAAAUGGCAGGACUUUUUGACGUGUGGGAAGACGACUGUGGCGACAAGUUGUACAGUUAUACCGUAAUCACAUUCGAAUCGAACAAAAAGUUUUCUGAAAUUCACCACCGUAUACCGGCGAUUUUAGAAUCGGAGGACGAAGUGACAGCGUGGCUAGAUUUCCGUCGGGUUAACGCAAAUCGAGCUUUGAAAAUAUUAAAACCCAGUGAACUAAUCCAAUGGUAUCCCGUAUCAAACCUGGUAAACAAUUCAAGGAAUAAAUCCGAUCCAUGCAACAAACCACUAAACAAAGAGAAGAUGAAAAGUCGUCUCAGCUCUGAGGGUAAUUUCAUGAAAUCGUGGUUGACUGGAAGGAAGCGGAACUCUGAGGAAAAUCAUGACACGCCGGAUCCAGAAAAGAGGCAAAGCAAAAUAAUAAAACUGGAGAGCAUUGAGUAACGCAAAUUCCGUGAAUUUAUUCCAUGAUCAUGUCCUUGUCUAGAUCUUUUUUGGCUGUUUCAAGGCUUUUGCGGGAGAUAAAAUGUAACUUUAGAUGUUGUAUAGUUUGUGCAUCGCCAUCCCAGUUCUGAAAUUUCCGAAACUCAACUUUGUGACACAAGUUUGGCAACUCCAAUCCACCACCGUUGAAAUCGUUGGUUUCUUUUUCCAGCGUCAUUUUUAUGCUGGCCUCUCGAGAUGCAUGCUGGUUAUUUCGUUGCUUGCUAAUUGACUGAACCAAUUUGAUUUGCUCCAACUCUUCGUCGAACCGUAUGAGAUAUCUACAAAAGCGUAAAAAUAAAAUAAUGACUGAAAUUUCUAA